AAAUCGGACCAUGCUUGCUCUCCCUUUGUACCACACUAGAUGGCUACCGGCGGAAAACAAACUGUUAUCUGAAAACCGGUCGCAUGUGAGUGAAGUGCAAUGUUCGACUGAAAACUGAUAAAGAAACGGGAAUAUAUCGAGAUAUGAUUGCUGCUGCUGUAAUCAUUGUAUGUGAGUAAAUUCUGAAUCUCUGUGAAGAAUGAAAAGGAGGGGAGCCGUUCGUUGCGUUGAGAGACGAAACGUUAAGACACGAUCAACUGCAACAGACAGAGAACAGAAACAGCAAACCGGUGCGUGUGCGUCUCAGUGUUUUUACCAGCAGGAUACACAAACAAGGAGCGGUCUAAUAGGAGUAUCUAACGAGGGACAGGUUUACCGUUCUGUUUGUUGCUGCGGGUCGAGUACAGUCGGUGGACGGGACUUGACCCGCGUCUCCCAAACAGAUGGCACUUGACUGUUCGCACUGUUGUUCCCAGCCCAGCUGCUGGCACCAGCAUCAGGAGUAUCAGAGUCAGCCUGCAAAAACGCGAAAGAAAUAUACUGUCGAGUAAGUUCGACUAGUUCCCAGGCCACUGGACAGAGGGAGCCACGGGGACUCCUCUCGAUCGGAGGUUCUCACUAUCGUCCGGCGCUCUGCUCCUCCUCGACUGCUGCUCGACUCAAUUCAACGACACAACUCAGACUCUUUGGCCUUCAGUGGAGUCGAAGGCUUCGGUAAGAGCUUUCCCCCUCCCCUCCCCCCCAUUUCUCUAGCUAUCUCUGUCCGAGCUUAGCCAGGCAGGCUGGUCGCUCGAAGGUGAAUGCUGGUAAACGAACAGUGCUCGUAGUAGUGGUGGUGUGAUAUGAGGUUGAUGCUGGCUGUUCCGCUGUCCACGACUACUGCUAGCACUCCUACGGGGCUGGCUGACUGCUGCCGCUGCUACUGACUACUGCUCUCUCGCGGAGUGGGGUGUGCCUCGUCGAAUAGCCCAACAGAACAGGGUAGUGCAGUGUGGCGCGGGAGCAUCUAACCUUUCGGUAUCGCUGUCUACUACACUCCAGUGCUGAGAGAGCCUAAGUCGGUCCAAGCCUGAGCGAGGUGUGUCAGGCGCCAAGCUGUGGGGACACACACACUUUUCUCGGCCCGAAAAAUUACCGAGACGACAUUUCAAAAGUGCUCUCGAGUCUUUCGACCUUACUGUUGGUUGCUUCGUAGCUCACUUGCGGCCUAAUUUUACUAGCAACACGGCACACGAUUUAGCCCCAUGCAAAACCAGGCUGGCAUAAUAACAAAAUGCACGAGCGAGCGGACAAUUGGAUAGAGCUUUCCGACCACUGCCAAUAGCUUUUUGAGCUUCCUAGCACAGGUGAUCUGUGCAUCCCUGUCGCCUGUGAAAUUUACGAAUGGAAUAUUUCUCGGUCGGAUAUUAUUAUGAUUUUUGGCGUGUUAUAUUAUCCAUUGAUCGCCCGCCUGCCGCUCUUCCACAGUGACCAUCACCUCCUCGACAAUCAAGUGAGUGCCAACCUACGACGUGCCUACUACUACGAGUUUACAUUUUGAGACAGGGACGGCAGGAUUUUCAAUAAGCAAAAGUUGCACCAACUGCCGUCGCACAUGUGCAAGUUUGAAGUAUCGAACAAGGCAAGGCAGUAAAGCAAGCGCUCCUCAUUGAUACUGUACAAGGUUCUGCCAUCAACGUGACCAAUAUUGCUAGAUACCAGGAAGUGGUGCUUCAAAGCUUGGGGUCGGUCAGUCAGUCGGUCGGUCGAUCGAUCGGUAGGUGGAUCGUCCAGUCGCCGUAGACGUGAUCGCGCUGUUUAGCCAGAGCAAAUAAUUGUCUAGCAGAGGGUUGUCUCUGUUCUUGGCUGCUACCGGCGGUGCUGCCUCUGGCUCACGGGCCCACACCACCCCUUUCUGGCUCACCGCUGAAUAUACCAAUGAGACAAAUCGUCUCUAGUGCAGUCUGACUCGUUGGCCCAAUCCGGCUCCGACAGGGUGUCUGGCAGCAGCGCGACAGAGUGGCAGAUUCUGUCGUUGGCUAGACGCGUUCGAUCCAACACAUCAGUGUUACGGAAGGUGAUGCUGGUAUCGCUUCAGCCGUCGGGGUAUUCACCAGCGCUGUCUAACGACAACAAGAAGUGCAACGACAAAACAAGGAAGAACAGUUUUCAAAAAGGAGAAAAGUUUGUGAAAAAAAUCCCGUGAACAGAGAUCGAAAUUAUCACCAAGUUAUCUAUAAUUUUUGUCAAUAUUAGAAGUAUUUGACUGUCUACGUGAAUGCGUAUCACCGGAAUAAUUUGUGUUUUUUGUUGUUCCGACUGAUCCGGCUGUGCGCUCAGAGAUUACUGACUAGUGUUAAGUUUUGAGGAAGCUUUCGACUGAAUAGAAUGGAAGUUCUUGAACAAUGCUACAGCUUGACAAAUCUUCGCAGCCUGAGUCAGCUGCUGCAGCCUUUAAGAAUCGCCAUGUUCUGUUAGCGUAUAUUUCAUCGUUGUCGUUGUUGCCGCGGAGGUGGUCGUGCUUUAUGCCAGUGCGUUUGCCCGUAGCAUUCAGAGGAGUCGCCGGCGUGAGAGUGGAUAAAACAAAAAGAGGGACGUGUCAUCAGUCUUCGCUGGCAUCGUGCCAUCAACAUCUCUGCGCUCACUGGUGACAAGAGAAAGCCGAAUCUGCCACUGCUUUCGGCCAAAGUAGACUGCUUAUUAUUAUUUACGGACUGGCGGCCACCGGCUGGAUCGCGCAAUUCAUUGCCCCAUCUUGAAGCACUGACGGCCGAACGAAACGGUACAAUUAGUAAACAUGGGGGACGCGGCUGGCGGAUGCCCAGACAUGAUUCUGUUGGCAGAAAUCAAUGAGACGACAAUCAAAGAAAACCUACGCAUACGCUAUGAACGGGACCAUAUUUAUACAUAUACGGGCACUAUACUCGUCGCCGUGAAUCCUUAUAAGGAAUUACAUAUAUAUCAUGAGAGUUAUAUUCAAAAGUAUGCUGCGAACAAAAUGUCACAGUUGGAACCCCACGUUUACGCAGUGGCUCAGGCAGCCUACUAUGAAUUACAGAACAACGUGCAAAAUCAAGCCUGCGUCAUAUCGGGUGAAUCCGGUGCUGGUAAAACUGAAUCAACAAAGUUCAUCUUGCAGUUCCUUUGUGCUGUGUCAUCUUCUCAGGGCCAAGGGUCGUCGUGGGUACAACAGCAAAUUCUCGAGGCUAACACGAUCCUCGAGGCGUUUGGAAAUGCGAAAACCGUGCGAAACGAUAAUUCUUCUAGGUUUGGGAAGUUUAUUCAAGUUUGCUUCGACCAAAGGUACGAGAUCAAAGGAUGUGUCGUACAAGAUUAUUUGCUAGAGCAGUCUCGCAUUACCCUGGUAUCACCUCAGGAGCGAAAUUAUCAUGUGUUCUACCAGCUCAUAGCGGCAGGCCGUGCUUCAAACGAAUUCGCUCAACAAUUUAUGUUGGACGAAUGCAGCCGUUACAAAUAUCUUAACCAGGGAGUGGAAAAGAUCGAAGGUGUCGAUGAUGCAAAAAUGUUUGAUGCCUUGCGACUAGCCCUCAGCGUUCUCGGCAUAGGACAGGACAUGAUGGAUGGGAUGUUUUCGACUUUGUCCGCAAUUCUUUGGCUCGGAAAUGUGGAGUUUUGUGAAAGUGGAGGGGAGGACGAAAGCUCGCAGCUUAGUGCUGAUGAUGAAGAAACCCUGGUCAAAGUUGCUAACCUCCUCGGGCUUGAACUCACCCAGCUCCGGUACAUUAUCUUACAUCGGCAAAUCAUGGUUCGUGGAAACAUCACGGAGAUUCCAUUCAAACUUAGCGAGGCUCAACAAAAUCGACAUGCUAUUGCUAAAGCUCUGUACAGCCGCUGUUUUGCCUGGGUUAUUGAUUUUAUCAAUUGUUGUACAAGUCCUAAAACCCAUCAAGGCCAAGAACAUUCUACACUUGGAAAGGACAGCCGCUUCCUCGGUGUCCUCGAUAUCUUUGGCUUCGAAGAUUUUGGCAGUGAAAAGAACAGUUUUGAGCAGCUUUGUAUAAACUACACCAAUGAAAAAUUGCACAAAUUCUUUAAUCACUAUGUCUUCUCUCUCGAGCAACAAACGUACCAACAGGAAGGAAUCAAAUACAAGCAUAUCGAUUAUGUGGACAAUUCGCUCUGUCUUGAGCUAAUCGAGAAACCUCCAAAGGGAAUUUUGAGGUUACUCGUUGAAGAAUGCCGUAUGCCUAAAGGCAGUGACCAGAGCUUCGUAUCGAAACUGCACGGCGAACUGGCCGAUCACGCCUACUACGUGAAGGGUGAAGAUCGUCGACGGUGGGAAAGGGAAUUUGGCAUUCGCCAUUACGCAGGCAGCGUAAUGUAUGCUGCCCGUGGCUUUCUCGAAAAGAACAAAGAUGCCCAAGUGGACGCCUUGUUCGAGCUUAUGUUCAAGGCAUCAAAUGCAUUUGUCAGGGAUCUCGUCCGCUUUCGGGACCUUGUUGAGUUUACCAUGCAAAGGUCCAGCGAGAAUAAUCCAACGGGCGGAUGCUCUGAUAACAACUCGUCAAUUGGUAAGGCCGCUGGUUCGGUCAUAACUAUGUCACGAACGAUGAGCAAGGCGAAACCAACGGUUGCUGAUGCUUUUCGCCAGCAAUUAACAACCCUUGUAGACGUCCUCCAUUCCACAAAUCCGUGGUAUGUUCGCUGUAUUAAGCCAAACGCUUGCAAGAAAUCCGCCUUCUUUGAUGAGAGAAUAGUUACGGACCAACUCAAGUAUCUCGGGAUGCUUGAGAUCAUCAACAUUCGACGUAUGGGCUAUCCCACACAUGUCGAGCAUAAGGACUUUGUACUAAAAUACCGGUGUCUGAUGGGCCAGCGUCGAUACUCUAUUAAGCGCAGUGAGAAACCCGUAGAUAAUGUUAAAGUCAUUCUAAACUUCCUUAAGAUGAAGGACCUCGAUUGGCAGAUUGGAAAAACCAAAGUGUUCCUCCGUAGCUCCGUGUCAAAUGUCCUCGAAGAAAAUCGCAAAAGAAUUCUUCACGACAGCGCUAUCGUCAUUCAGCGUCAAUACAAGGGCUGGAAACGCCGUAAAGAGUUCCUAAGGAUGAAGUCAGCUGCCUGCAUUUUACAACAGUACUACAGGGCUCGACGAGAAAAGAUCCGCUUCAACAAGAUGCGCCGAGCAGCGGUUACGAUUCAAGCUUAUGUUCGUGGAAUGUUUGCCAGAGAGGUAGCGGCGGCAUUACGCGAACGCCGCAAGGUCGAAGAAGCACUAGAGCAAGAGCGACUUCGUCAAGAGAAGCUCGCUCAGUCGAAGGCAUUACAAGAAGCUGAGGACAUCAUCAAAGCCGCGCAAGAAGAACUGGCUGUCAUUACUGAGAUGGUGCAGGUUAAGCACGCUGGACAAAAGCUCGCCGAGAUGGAAAAGAAUCAAACUAACGUCGCAAAAGACAAGGACAGUGGAGCUGGCGUUCAGGUGGAUCUUGACCAGAUGUUCUCAUUCCUCAGUGAAGUACAACAGACACCUCUUGAUGAAAAACUGAUUACCGACGGUGCCGAGAUCUGUGAAGAAGAACUUAAAUCGCAUGGGGAGGCUAGCGAGAGUGAGGAUCCAGCGAAGCCAAAGAUCAAUAAACCUACACAAGAGGAUGAAGCCAACGCUGAUCCUCCGAUGCAAAACGGCUUCGGAGAAAAGGAAAAUACGAGAGGGCCAAUCGAGAAAGUUGCCGAUUUUCAAGAUGAAAUGAAGAGCCAACCUCGCGAAAUCCUUAAACCCGAAUCAAAGGCUACGCCAACGAACGCAGAAUGUAAGGAUAAUGAACUACAAGCUAUUCCUCGAACAGCAUCACCAAUUAAACCCGAAGAUACGGAUUCUGAGUGUAACGGAGAGGAUGAUGAAGAGGAACCUCCGCCGCCACCGCCCAUGCCUCCGCAAGGUCUGGGAGCGCUACACGCCCAACAGACUAAUAUCCAAUCGCAAAUUGCCAAAGAGAACGCCACCGUGAAGGAUCAGCAAGUUAAAGACAGGGCCCAGGCUAAUGAGAAGAAAUUGCAGGUGCCAACAACUAGUCCGUUCUCGGCGCCUGCACCAGCCACUCCCAGCAAGCAGGGUGCAGCGAAACAAGAUUCGGGUAAUCACAGCAACGCCGAAAGUGUCGUCGAGAACGCUGAACGCGAACAGCGGCGCCGACAGCGCGUCGAAAAAAAACUCAGCGAGAUGCAGCGAGAGGAGCAACAAGAGAACCGCAAAAGCCGCCUGGACGGUGCUGGAGGCGCACAGGGUCAGGCUGCGGGAGUGGCGCUUUCGAUGGUCGAGUUCGCGCAACUACAUUUCGCCAAACACCCGAAGGAGUUCUAUCAAAGCUCGCAGACGACACAGGUGAUGCGGACAUUGACACGUCGUCGCCGUACCGUCGCAAACUCAGAAGCUGUAUCAUUCGAGGAGAUGGUGGCAUUCUGCAAGCAUGGCGCUAUUCCGUCGGCUCAUCUGAGGUCGAUCACAGACUCCGAACUGUUGCAACUCUCAGUCAGCAAUUUCAAGGAUCUUUGCAAAUUUGUCCGAGGUGAGCUCAGCGCCGAAGGGGAGGUACUUCUCAUUCAGACCGCUUGUCAGCUGGCCAUUGAACAUGAGCCACUACGAGACGAGCUGCUCGUACAAGCGUGCCGUCAGGCAACCGCCAAUCCUCUCGGACAUGACGCUUUGCGACGAGUAUGGCUUCUGAUCGCAGCUUGCAUCGGCUGCUUCAAGCCCAGCAAAACAUUUCAAAAGCAUCUGUUAAUGUUCAUCCGCGAACGGGCGAGCAGCGAAACAGAAGACCCAGAGGUCCGUGCGUUUGCUCGCUAUGCCCUCAACGAACUUAACACAGCUGGAUCAAGUGUUGUCGGUCGUCGUUGUCCUCCGUCGCAGCACGAAGUUGAUGCAAUCCGUCGACGAGAGCCGCUUCUGUGUCGCCUGUUCCUCAUGGACGGGCGAAGUAAGGCCGUGGAAGUGUCUGCUUCGACUACAGUUGCACAGGCAACCAAGGCCUUCGCUGAGAAGAUCGGCCUCAAGAACACGGAAGGAUGGAUUAUCUUUGAGUACAAUCCGGAUCGACGGCAGGCGCUCAAAACUUACGACUACAUAGCGGAUAUCAUCUAUCAAUGGGAACUGCACAAGAGAAGCUCGGCGCAGCUUACGAAAUACGCGAGCGUCACAAAAAAGACUCCGAGCUUGGCAGUGGGCGGCGGAGACUGUCGUUUCCUAUUUAAGAAGCGACUCUUCAAAGCAAUUCGGGAGAUACCCCAGGAUCCAGUUGAAGUAGACCUACUUUAUGCGCAGGCAGUGCAUGACGUUGUCAGCAUGGACUACUAUCCCGUCGUGGAACGAGUCGCCUUGCAACUCGCUGGUCUUCAGGCGCGAGUGAUCCUGGGCGAACCGGAGCAGAACUCGACACCAGAAGACAAUCUCGAAAAAUUUGGCAAGAACCUACCCGGUUACUUGCCACGGCGCGUACGAGACCGCCGUAGCGAGCUUGAGUUUUCCCAAGCUAUUGCUGCUGCCUAUCGGGCAUAUGGUACUGGAAAAUCAGAGCUUGUCUGCAAAGUGUGGUAUCUCUCGAUUGUCAUGCAGUAUCCACUGUACGGUACGACGCUGUACCCAGUGAAAUGUAGAGGUUUUCUUACCUAUGACCAUCAAAUGUUGUUGGGUAUCUCGGCCGAAGGAGUUCUGCUCGUCAACGCUGAAACAAAGAGUAUCCUUAAUGCGUACCGAUAUAAUGAACUCGAAAGUGUACGCGUCGCUAGCGACGAAGACAGUAUCACAUUUACAUUGCCAAAGGACAUCCCAGAUAUUCACAAAUGCUAUAUGUUUGAAACAAGAGAGAAGAUGGAUAUUGCGAACUUGAUUUCGGCCUAUGCGCCUAGUAUUGCCAGCUGGCUGAAACCAACGUACGAAGUUAACGUAAAAACGCGACUGGCCUUUGAAGAUCGAAUGAAACUGCACCAAGAGGUUCUGAAGUGCAGAAAGAACGUUGUAGACACCGGCUUGCUUAAUAAACCUAUUGAUCUAGAGUCUGGCAAUAUCUUCAAGAACACACUACGCAAGUUCCAUAAAGGGGCAACUAAAUAUAGCACACUUCGGCAGGAAUACGCAGCUGAAGGUUACAAGUCAUACGGUCACGAAUAUUGGGCCUUUAGUAGGGUGCCGUUAGGUCAUUCCUUAUUGGUUAUUUCCGAUCCAGAGCUAGAAGGAACAGCUCGACGGUUGUUUUCAUGUAUUCUAAUCUUCUCUGGCUUGCUAGAGGAAGAUGAGGACUGGCACGGCCAAAGAGACCUUAUUCAGAUGGCACAAUGGAUCGUUGAGUGUGGUAUGCGUCGUGACACUCUUUUAAACGAGCUAUUCCUGCAACUCAUCAAACAGACGACAGAUCAUCCCGAACCGAACAGUCGCGCCAAUGUUCGCCAUUGGCAGCUGUUAGCGUUGCUGUGUUCGCUCGUUCUACCAACGCAGAAACAUGUCCUUCACUAUUUACAUGCUCAUUUAAAACACUGCGCUAUGGACGUCGUGACUGAGGAGGGACAAUUUGCUCAAUUCUCGCUCAAAUGUCUCAUGCGUACGAUGGAAACACGUGGACGGAAAUGGCCACCCUCGCGUGAAGAGGUUUCAUGCACGACGCGUCGUCAUCCAUGUAGGACACGUAUCCAGUUCCUUGAUGGACAACUCCAGCAGGUAGAUUUCGAUCCUUGCACGAGCGCGCAAGAAGUCGUAAGUGUCGUGAAGAAGCGCCUCAAUCUGCGUCCAGACGUCGAUGGUUAUUCACUCUACGAAGUCAUCGGCACAACGGAACGGGCGAUGGCGCCCAACGAAAAACUUGGCGACGCCCUUUCCAAAUGGGAGCGCUGGACUACACAGCAACAGCAGCAACAACAGGCAAAAAAAGAAACGGCCACAGGCGGCGCAAACGGGGGAAACGAGUUCAACAACAACGCCAACGCAAAAGAGGAUCUUAAGCCGCAGAAGCAACAGCUAUUCUUGUUUAAAAAGCACCUCGUUAUUGAUAGCCUCGUCGAUCUCACCGAUCCCGUCGAAGAAGAGCUCAUUUUUCAUCAGCUUGUCUACAACGUAAGACUUGACCGUUUCCCUAUCAACGUACAGGAGGCGGUCAUGCUUUGCUCGUUGCGCGCACAACUUGACUACGGCGACUAUAAGGGCGACACUAUUGUCGAUUACCGCAAGGUAAUGGCCCAGUGUCUACCGAUGCGGCUGUUGAAGCAGAUAUCUGCCGACGCGGUCGUUGCCCAGCAUCAGAUCCUCGCUGGUAUGAGUGCACCGGAAAGCAAGGGCGCCUUUCUGCAAUUCAUUCGCAGCUGGCCUUUGUGGGGCAGCAGCAUCUUUGAGGUACAACAGAGCACCACAUGCUCUUGGCCGAAGCUACUAUGGCUAGCCGUGGACCAGACGGGCUUGCAUCUCCUUGAAAUUCGCACCCGUAACGUGCUUUGCACAUGUGACUAUGAGCACAUCGUUAAUUAUUCACCUUCAUUGACCUCAAUCAUUGUGUUCACUCAGAGUCAACGUCAUCUGGACGGUCAUGCCGAUCAGGGUCACCAGGGCAGCGGUAUGGGCGGGCAUGGCCAGCGCCAUAAAGGCGCCAAGUACAUUUUCAACACAAAUCAAGCCCUUCAUAUCGCACAUCUAAUCAAAGAUUACGUAAAUGCGUUACAACUCAAGCGGAAACCUCGUGAGUGCAAGCGUGCGGUAACAACGACACUGGAACAGAGCGAUCGAUGGGGCGGUACUUACACCUACGGUAAAGGGAUGUAUAGCGAUAUUAUCUAACGCAAAUAAGAGCCUAACAUCAUGAAUAACAAGGGACUGAGUGCAAAAAAAUGAUAAUAUUUGCAAGACAUUAUGAGCGCCAAAUAACGACUGAGCAUAAAAGCGCCAGCCCUGUUCCUGGUCGGCUUAUGUCCUGUCCUUUAUCAGCACUCUCCGAAAAUACAUAGAUAUAUAGAUUACGAAUUUUAACUUAGCAACUAAAUACCUUAGCGGUGUGCUCAGAACAGCUGCUGUAAUAGGUAGCGGGACUUUGAUAUUUUAUGAUGGAUUAACUAGUUGGCCAUGGCUUGUAUUAAAAAUAGAGGUCGCUUUGCUUGACGUGUUAGGUACUCAGUACUUGGAUUUGAAUGGCAAGAAAUGUUUCGGAGCGCAGAAGAUUAAGAAGGGCUACAAUGCUACUUAGAAGCAUACAUGCAUAUAUGCUUGUAAGUUGUUCACGACACCAUAAGACGUAAAACGUUCGAGCUAUGUCGCCAUGAAAUAUAGAACAUGAGAGGCGGGUGGUUGUAGCAGAAGUCGCUGUACACUGUAUACCUAGUGCCACGCAUGUAGUAACAGUGAUAACAGAAGCAAAUGAUAUUGACUAUAUAUAAUAACUACUAAACUAUGAAACGAAGUAGAAGUGAAUUCAUAGGCGCUUAUACAAUAAUAUAACAUAUGGUGCACGCUUUGUGCGUGUCAGUCAAAACACUCAGACAGCAAACAGAUCAACGGUAGAUAGAUCGGGCAGUGAGGCAGAACGCGCUCAGUUCUCUCGGUUAUUAUUGUCCAGGUACUCGUCUCCACUCGCUGGAAGGCCAAAAUAAGACCAGAAGAAAGAGGGAGCGAUUAAUAGAGUGAUCGAUGGAUAGCGACGAGUAAAAACAAAGUGGGCAUUUCAGUGCAUAAUAAUUCCUUCACCCCAUCUUGGACGCAGUUUUUUGCGGAGCCGAGCGUGUCAAGCAUGUGUAGGUGUAUUGCAAAUGGGUGCUAUGUGCCAUUUAGCAUUGACUGAUUUUCAGCAGUUUUUUUCUAUACGAGUCCUAAGGCCUAUUUCGGCCGCCAUCUUCUGCCAUAAAAAACUAGUUAAGGAAGGAAAUAAAAACCGACUGCACACACAACAACACAUAAUUAAGGUGGACCAUAUGUGAGCAAAGCGUAAAAUGUAAAUUGGUGUUCGUUGUUAUUAGAAAUAUUAAUUAGGGGUAUUAAUGUUGUCUUUAUUAUUUUCAUUUUUAUAUGUAUGAGCUUAGUCAUACGAUAUAUUGCCUUGACCAUGCUUAAAAGUAGACACCUGAAGCAAGGCAUAUUUAUAUGCUGUCUAUACGAAAAUAAUUUUCGUUCGAGCUGACUAAAAAGCUGACCCACUUCGUUGACCUUAAUUCAAUGGAUUCGUGGUGACCAAAACUAAAAAGCUCAAUUUUUACACAGUAAAAACAACUUCUGUGUCUAGUCAGCAUAAAAUUGCUGCGUGCGUAGGUAUCGAAUAUAAUAAAAUCACUACAAUAAAAACGCAGGGCUUUAAAUUAUUUUCGGUUUACAUGGAGUUAAUUUCUCUAUUGCAUAUUCAAUAUCUUAGCAUGUAGGGUUUGUCUAAGAUCUUGACUCAUCUCUAACUAUGAUAUUAAAUACCCUGAUACUGUCAUGGCAGAUUUGCGUGAAGGGCCCGUCGCCGUAUCCCGCAAGCAACUGUUGUUUAGUGACUCGGAGUGUCGUUUAGUGAUAAAAAUGUAACCGUAUCAACAACCUUCGGCUAUCCAUUCUCAUACACCAGAGGGCUAGUACAUCGUCUAAUAUAUAUAUAUAUAUAUAUAUAUAGAUAUCGCAAGCUGAGAUUCUAUGAGCUUUAUUUGAAUUUGUUUUAUGAAGACAUCUGAUCAUCGUAACAGCGAAAAAGAAACCACAACAGCAAAAAUGCUUCUACAAUAGGGAGGAAUGUUGUUUACUCGCUUCAGACCAAUAGCCAUACUUAGGUAUGGCCAGUGUCUUCCCCGGUGCCUAGUUCUUCAUGUUGUCUUUAUGUUGCUUAGUUAAGAACAAUCUGAAUUGGAAAAUCGAACAACGGAUGGAUUUGGUUGAAUAGUCGAAGGCGCGUAAGAGCAAGUUUACAGCAUGGAUUGCGCACCGUGGUGCGGAACAGCAAAAUAGCUAGAUUUCACAUUGGUUCUAGUCUGUGAUUUCAAAUACGUAUUGUCAAAUACUCGAGAGAAGAUGCCCUGGCUAACCUUCGUACACUUCGGCCUCACCUCAACGAACGGCGACAUCACACUCAACUUGAAUUAAUGAAAGUAGUCGCCUGACUAGCCGGCUAUGAUCAUGCGCUUAUGUUUGUGUCCCCUUACUAGCGUUGUGCCGUACAGCUUAUCUAUUGACAUGAACAACGUACCUAAUAAAGAUGAUUAGCAAUACAUUUUAAGUGUAUAUAACGUAAUUAUGGCGACAAACAAGGUGCGACAACAUUCUAGCAAAGAACGUCAACAAGAAAUAAAUGUGUCCUGUAUUCGUCAAUUCUGUGAGACAUCAUUAAACGUAUACAACACUGUACAUCUUUGCAAUUUAUUGCAUAAUACUAACGAGCUGUGUAAAAAAAAGAACAAUAUUAGCAAUAAAUUGGCAAACAAACAGGCCAGUAAGUAAAAAACUUCACAAAGCUGCCAAAUACGAACAAUGUAGGAACUUUAUACACAGAUGGACAUAAUCCUGAUCUAGUGAAAAUAUAUUUGAAGAAAAAAAUAACAUGAGCGAGUACGAGAAACAAGACGAUUGGAUAAGGAGGUCAAAUUUCCGAUGUUACCUCAAGAGGUGACAAAGCCGACGCACUGAAGAACAAACUGUUCUAAGCAACGAACAGAGAAUAAAUACAACUGGCCUUAAUGAUCAAGAAAAAAACUACUAUCAAAUGACAACAGAAGGAGAAUUCAGACACAAACACCUACAGGAUCUCGUACGGAUGUUUGCAAAGCACGUUAAUCUGGACGAAGUUGGUAGAGAACACGAACGCUUCCCUGCACUAAUAAAUUCACAGAAAGGUCACAGUUGAAGCACUGGUACAAUACACAUAUGUACUAUUAUCAUUAUCACAGCACAUGCCCCCACAUACGUGUAUGUACGUACAAUACAUAGGUGAUGAAGUAGAAAAUGUAUGUACUGCAAAUGACAUUAUAAUUAUUCAAUAAAUAAUUGCCAUAAUAAUGAAUAAUAACUUUAUGACAAUUCCGUGGCUGUACGGGCUUGGUGACCAUGUCGAGUGAUCUAUAACGAAAUCCUCGUAUACGCAUCUUCGGAGUUCCGACGAUAUCUUCCAUAGAAUCACCGCUAGAAGAAAGCUAGCAAGAUGCGUAAAAAAUACGGUAUUCUUGAGAGAGGUGAUAAUGAAAAUAAUAAAUGGUAAUAAUACAUAGGAAAAAUGAAACACGAGUAACGUAUGCAAAAGAGAAGAGCAUAUAUCAGAAUUAGAAAGACCAUGGACCUUGUAUGCGAGAAAAGAUACAUUGGCGGUUCCGACUACAAAGCGGAUGAUUUUAAUAUAACAAUAGUAACAAUGCGGUCGGCUAAUUGGAGAAAAAGGAAAAUAGCUGUCUCCAACUGUUUGUUUACUUAGUUGGUCAAGACUUUCAGAGAUCAAUGGCGCCUUUCCUUGAGUCGGCGUUAACACCUAAACACAUUGUAAUUGAUCUUUUCCACAUGGACACCUUAGGUUCAGGCGGAUCGUAAAAUAAAGGAUAUAGCAGGGUAUCGGAAAAAUACUAAACAAGAAGCGCACGCCCGUUAGAAAGCUCCAUGGUGGUGAAUGAACGAUAAAUCUAUGGUUUGUUAAAACACACACUCACAAUAGAGAGGCGAAGCUAUAGCCUAAAUAUUUGAAUUCAUCGAACAUCAUUUCUAUGAGGCAUUGCUGUUAUCCGUGGCUAUUUUUACUACUUUUAUGUACCAUUUUAAUGUGUCUAUGUUCUAUGCCACCCGUCCCUAUUAGGGUGCAAUAGGAGAUCUGUACAGAGGCGGUUGAGUUCUAAGAGUUCGUCCCAUUAGAGGAUUUGUGAUAUCGCUUAACACCCAUGAUCCGUUUGUUUCGGCUGACUGAUACUAUUUGAUUCCCGUUUUGCGGUGUUGGUGCGUAACCCGUGAUAUCAGUACAGCUUUAGAAAAGCUCGUUUUUCCUAUGGACGUUGCUUGGUUGCUUCUAUGAUUUGUGUUCGCUUUAUUUUUAUUUACGAUUAAUUUUUUUCGUUUACGAUCUAUUUAUUCUUCUAGUAUGUUACACUAUUGUGUUUAACAUAAGUACUUAUGAUAAAAACACACAAUUAGUUCUGUAUAGUGGAUUGAUGCGUUAUCAAUAGUACAAAUCGGAAAUUACCCAGUAUUUGCUCUGUGCCAAGACACGCCACUAAAUGAGUCCAGAUAGUAGGAAAAUCUGGUACUGCUUAGGCUUGCGCGCGGAAAGAUCAAAGACCCUGCGCGAUGACACCCACAAACA